CUCCUUUAUCGCUGUCGCCGCAGCCGCGGAGGCCCGGAGGGAGGGAGCCGCGUCUCCGCCCGCCGCGCCGCCAGUCCGACCCUCGGCCCCGCCGCGUGAGCAGCCAGCCGAGUGGAGCUCGGCGCAGCCGCCCGAGCUGCGGCCGCCCCCUGUGCAGGUGCCUGUGAGGAGGCGCCCGGGCCGCAGCCGCGGUCCGAGCCGGCCGGCCGCGCACUCGCUGCCCGCGCUCCUGAGGGACUGCCCGGCCCGAGGAGGCCGCCGCGGGGCCCGGGACUCAGCAUGAAUCGCAGCCACCGGCACGGGGCGGGCAGCGGCUGCCUGGGCACCAUGGAGGUGAAGAGCAAGUUUGGAGCUGAAUUUCGUCGAUUUUCACUGGAGAGAUCAAAACCUGGAAAAUUUGAGGAGUUUUAUGGAUUACUGCAACAUGUUCAUAAGAUACCCAACGUUGACGUUUUAGUAGGCUAUGCAGACAUCCACGGAGACUUACUACCUAUAAAUAAUGAUGAUAAUUACCACAAAGCUGUGUCAACGGCCAAUCCACUGCUUAGGAUUUUUAUACAAAAGAAGGAAGAAGCAGACUAUAGUGCCUUUGGUACAGACACGCUAAUAAAAAAGAAGAAUGUUUUAACCAACGUGUUGCGUCCUGACAACCAUAGGAAAAAGCCACAUAUAGUCAUUAGUAUGCCCCAAGACUUUAGACCUGUGUCUUCUAUUAUAGAUGUGGACAUUCUCCCAGAAACGCAUCGUAGGGUUCGUCUUUACAAAUAUGGCACUGAGAAACCCCUAGGAUUCUACAUCCGGGAUGGCUCCAGUGUCCGGGUGACACCACAUGGCUUAGAGAAGGUCCCAGGUAUCUUUAUAUCGAGGCUUGUCCCAGGAGGUCUCGCUCAAAGCACAGGACUAUUAGCUGUUAAUGAUGAAGUUUUAGAAGUUAAUGGCAUAGAAGUUUCAGGGAAGAGUCUUGAUCAAGUAACAGACAUGAUGAUUGCCAACAGCCGCAACCUCAUCAUAACAGUGAGACCAGCAAACCAGAGGAAUAAUGUUGUUAGGAACAGUCGGACUUCCGGCAGCUCCGGCCAGUCUACUGAUAAUAGCCUUCUUGGCUAUCCACAGCAGAUCGAACCAAGCUUCGAGCCAGAGGAUGAAGACAGUGAUGAAGAUGACAUUAUUAUUGAAGACAAUGGAGUGCCACAGCAGAUUCCAAAAGCUGUUGCUAAUACCGAGAGCCUGGAAUCCUUAACACAAAUAGAACUCAGUUUCGAGUCUGGACAGAAUGGUUUUAUUCCCUCUAACGAAGUGAGUUUAGCACCCGUAGCAAGUGGCACAAACACAGAAUUUGAAACACACGCUCCAGAUCAAAAACUCUUAGAAGAAGAUGGAACAAUCAUAACAUUAUGAAACCAUUGUUUGAAUGUUUUCUGAGUGAGGGUGCCAUGGGGACUUGUACAUUUGGCUAGUUUAAAGCAUAUAUACCUCUGAACCAGUGAUGUGGAAUGGGCAUGAGAAAAAUAAUAUUGCAAGCUUAGAAUGUUAUUACAAUAGUAGUUUGAUAAUUGUUAAUAUAAACUUUGGUGGAUCAGAGGUGAAUUUAACUCUAAAAACAAAGGGGCCUUUGCUGAUGAAAUUAUGUGCUUUUGUUAUUUUGUCUGUGGAGAACUGGAUGUUAAAGCACAUUCUCAGAACUAUGUGAGAGGACUAGAUCAUUUCUGCUUGAAGUGGUUGCAUACUUAACCUGCUGUGCAGAGCCCAGUUAAUUUUUCCUUUAAUAUAUUUUAAAAAUUCUAAUGUGAAGAAGUCUGAUUCUCUCUCUUUUGGUACAUUGGGGGCCUCAACUGUUAUGUUCCCAGUAUUUUAUUUUGAUUUUUUUAAUGUUCCUCUGUUACUACUUUUAACAAAUUAUUUUCUAAAUGUAUUUUUUUCUAAUUUCUGAGAAAUCCAACCACUUGGCUGUUUUCAGGAGUUCCUUCCCAUGUUAUAAAGUGUUGAAGCUAUGUUCCUAAAUUAUGAAACUCUGCAACGUUUGUUCAGGUUGGUGUUUGUCCAUGCUAUAGCUUUCAUAUUUACAAACUAAUUCCAUAUGGGUAUAAUUUAUGUUUUAAAGGCAAUUCCAAUGACUCUGGAAAUAGGGGAGACUCUCUUUUAACCUAUUCUUGUCCUCAUUCCCAAUCUCGUUGGAAAUCAUUCCUUUUGUUGUUAGUGUGUAUGUUUUGUUGGUGUGCUUUUAUACUCUUUAUGUAUUCAAGUUUGAAUCAUUUUGGAUUAAAAAUGCACCCAAAUUAAGAGAUUUUUACACACAGGACAAACUUGUGCACUUUUUAUAUUAAUACAAAAAAAUUGGGUUUUCCUUCAAUGGGAUUUGUAGAAACACUGCCUACACUUUAUGAAAAAUAUGUAGUAUUCUCCUAUGACAGGUAGAUCUUAUCACUAUUAAUUUUAUGAGGCUAUUUAUUACUUUCCAGUGCAUAUCCACUUAGAACAUGUUAAGAGUAAGGCUGCUAACUUUCAUUCCUUGCCUGAUUUCAUUGUACAAUGUGCACAAGCACAAUGGUAUGCUUGUAUAUAGAAACUAAGAAUAUUAUGAAGUCCAUAAGUUCCCUGUGGCUUAUGAAGAGUUAUUUAUUAAUUAAUUUUAUGGUAGGACUAGUAUGAAUACCUUUUUAACAAUUGUGUGCUGUUAAUGAAGAUUCAAAUGACUCCGUUUUGAAGGAUGUUUUCUCUAUAUGGUAAAAUAUAUGAAGAAGUCUUGAUUCAAUGAAGAUCACUUGACUCAGAAUACUUAAUGUGUUCUGUUCACAUUACCAUUAAGCAUAUUAUCAGUAAACUAUUAACUGACUGCACAUUAUAUAAUACACUGUACUUUUUGUUGAAUUCACCGUUCUUCCAUUUAUAUACCACUUUUUUUGUUAAUGGCAUUCCGGCUUUAGCAUUCUGUGAGUCUUAUAAAUUUGAUUCUUGAAUGGCAAAAUAAUGUUAGUAUGUAGAAGGUUAAAUUUCAUUUUUAUAAUAUAAGUGGUGCAGGGGUUCAGCAUUUUAAGUAAAAAUAUUUUUACACACUACCUCUCUCUCUCUCUCUCUUUUUUUUUUUUUAACAAAGUUUUAACAUCAGAACUUUUGGGGGAAAAAUACUUCAGGGCUUGACUUUUUGUACAAAUCUUAACUAUAAAAUACAGAUUUAUCUUGUAUGCAUUCAUGAAAAUAGAAAUCGAAGCUGCUAGUACUUUUUGUUUUAAUUAUCCUGUUAAGGGUAUAUGUCAAUGGUGUUUUCAACUAGAUCUCUGUCAUUUAAAUUACUGGUGAAAUAAUUGAUUACUAGACAUUGUAAAGCCAAUAUUGGCUAUACAAUAAAAUAUCAAUUCAUUGGUAGUCAGAAUCAAUUAUUUCAAGUGCACCAUAUUAACAAAAAUCAGUGGACCCAGUGUAAAAUUUUAUAGUACUAAAUGUCAAGCCUAACUGUGAAUUUUGUUCUGUAUCUUAAGUAAAUUUAUGAUAAUGUUCUUGAGCUAUCAACAAAAUAUAUGUACUUUUGUGAACUAUGAAUUUUCUAAUUAAAUUUUACAUGCUAUAACAUGAUUUUUACAUGAAUGAUACUUUAAACUAUCAAAUGUCAGUAUUUUACUACAAUUUUAUUAUAAAAUGUACAUUAUCACUAAAUGAACUUUGAUUUUAAAAAUCAAAUUAGCUUUAGUUGUAUAUUAUUUUUUACAAAUAAAGAUAGACUUGUAUAAAGGCUA